AUGCCCAUCUCAAUUCCCAAGAGCGAAAGCCUGACUGAGCUGUUCAGUCUCAAGGGGAAGGUUGUUGUCGUCACGGGUGCAUCAAACCCACGAGGAAUCGGAUACGAAGCCGCACGAGGAUGCGCCGAAAUGGGCGCCAAUGUAGCCAUCACCUACUUCUCUCGCGAAGAGAGUGCAAAGAAGAACGCCGAGGCUCUCUCCCAUGAGUUUGGCAUCAAGGCCCAAGCCUACCACUGCGAUAUCCGCCGCUACGACUCCGUCCAGAAUCUUGUCGGCUCAAUCAUCACUGACUUCGGAAAGAUUGACAGCUUUAUUGUCAAUGCUGGUCAGGCAGCCGAUGCCGGCGUACUUGAUGGUACUGUCGAGGACUGGAUGCAGAUCAUUCAGGUUGACCUCAAUGGAACGUUCCACUGUGCCAAAGCCGUUGGUCAACACUUUAAAGAGCGUGGUACUGGGUCUUUGGUCAUCACUGCAUCCAUGUCUGGACAUAUUGCCAACUUUCCCCAAGAGCAAACUUCGUACAAUGUUGCCAAGGCAGGUUGCGUCCACCUUGCGAAGUCUUUGGCAAAUGAAUGGAGGGGUUUUGCCCGUGUCAAUUCAGUUUCACCUGGUUAUAUCGACACUGGACUCUCUGAUUUUAUCGAUCAAGAGACAAAGGAUCUUUGGACGUCGAUGAUUCCGAUGGGCAGAGACGGGGUGGCGAAAGAGUUGAAAGGAAUUUAUGUUUAUUUGGCCAGUGAUGCUAGCACCUACACAACUGGUGCGGACAUUGUUGUUGAUGGAGGAUAUACUGCUCGCUAA